GGCGACUUCGAUUCUAAGCAUCAGUCGUGUGUGGUCGUUCGGACGAAGCAAACCUAACAAACAGAAAAUGUUCACCAAAGCAGCUGUGGUCCUCUCAGUGGUGGCGUUAGCAGCGGCGGGCGUGGUGCAGCUUGGCCAUGGCUACGGCGGCGGUUCCUACGACCACGAAGCUGUCGCGUACGCGCCAGUCGCACAGCUGUCGUACGACGGACACGCUGAUCAACACGUAGAUUAUCAUGCUCAUCCUAAAUACGACUACUCUUACUCCGUUUCCGACCCCCACACCGGCGAUCACAAGACCCAGCAUGAGGCCCGCGAUGGUGAUGUCGUGAAGGGAGAAUACUCCCUUCUGCAACCUGAUGGUUCCUUCCGCAAGGUCACCUACACCGCCGAUGAUCACUCAGGCUUCAACGCAAUCGUGCACAACACUGCGCCCGCGCAUCCUGAAUACCAUCAUUAAACAUCUCUGGCGAAGGCCACUGCUUCCAUGUGAUAUUAAUAUGUACCUUAUUACUUACCUAGAUAGUCUUUAGUCGACAUUAACUUUUAAGACUGCGGCGAAAAUAAACUAUUAAAAAUA